AUGCUCUGGGCCUCGGCAGGAGUGCCCGCUCUGCAAGAUAGGAAACGCUCGGUAAGACCUAGAGCACCAGUGUGGUACCAGCCGAAGGCUCUCCGAUGCUUAAGUAAGUAUAUGGACGAAGCUAUGAAUUUCGAUGUGGGACUGUUGAUAUUCAUUGUGGAUGCUCCACGUGUCCAGAGGGUGAUUUUGCCCUAA